AUGCCCCCCUUAUAUGAUAACUUCGACAAAGAAUACUCCACCGGAACUCUUGGACCGCCUUUCGCGAGUCAGGUCCUCGCAUGGUCAGACGGAUAUUAUGCCGACGACAGGCCAGGGCAAACUUGGCGAAAAGACUACAUACUUGAGAACCUAUACACCAAACGCGACAUCUCACAGCAGCUGAAGCAGUUCGACGACUACCUUCAACGGCGGACGAGGCAGGUCCUCCGUAUGGGCCGCGAUGCUCAUGGACGGAUCUACAAAGACCUGCGAGAGCUUUAUUACUCGUUCAGCGGAAAGGAGUGGCCCUCGCAGAUCGACAGAGACGGCGACUGGAUCAUGAAGGAUGCGUGGAAGGAUCCUUACAGGGACGACAAUGAGAGGUGGAGGCAGAGAUGA